AUGACGAUUGCCUCUGGCCAUAGUGAGCCGGUAGAUUUCGCUCAGAUUGAGCCUAACCGACUUGGCACCCAAGCUGGAGUCUAUCUAGAGAAUUGGGAGCGCGAGGAGGCUGCAGCCGUUCUUGCUCGCCGUCAGCAACGGAAAAGCAACUCGAAAUACGAAAGCGAUGGGAAUUUGAUGUGUUGUCGCUCCCUAUGGGAGUCAGAUGACGAUACAGAUUCAUGGCUUAGUGACUCAGAGGACGCAAUCUCUGACCCAGAGCCUGAACCGAAUUUUUUGUUUGACUCAGCAACCGGAUCCUGUCCUGCAGAAAUGAAGGCUGAGCUGGUUAGUCAGGAGGGACCACUGCAGACAUUUGCAUCUUCAUCCAGCUCAGACGAGCUUUCACAGCAAAAGACAGUA